AUGAUUGGUGCAAAAGGGGCGCAGUCCAACUCCGGGCUAGACUCACCCUCAAGGGAUGACCGAAACCUUCUUGCUGCUGCGCAUCCGCCGCGAGGCGUGCGUGUGGUGGUGGAGUUGGGUCGGCACUGAUGGGGUCAGGCGGGAAAAUGUAGAUGCGCGGGCCUUUCUGGCCGUCGGCGUUGGCAGUGAUGCCCAUCUCAUUUUUGUGCGCGGAGGCAGACAUCAUCAGAAAGGUGGACGGGCACUACACGGCCCUAGGUUUGCUAGAGGGAGCUGUAUUGCCUCAGUAACCUGGCUUCGCCAUCAAAGGAGGAGGGAGCAGGUGGCGACGAGCUGAACUAGGCCGGUCGACCAUUCGGCGCGAGAAUUUUUAUUUUUUUCAGACCAAGAACCUUGAGUGCAAUGAGGGAGAAAGCGAGGAACGGACUGGGAAGGACAGCAACGAGAGCGUGUACGGACGGAGCAGGUCGAGUGGCGUUAUGCUCGGGCUGACUACAGCGGCGCCGGACGGAGCAGCGGCACCGGAGCAUGCGGGCGACAUCGACCCGUGGCGCACGGACAAACAUUUAUAUCUGAUCUGUGUUGUCAAUUUUUCUCGUUUUUUUCCUGAUUUUCGGUGUUGGUUCUAUGUGAUGACGUCGUCACUGGUUUUGUAGAGAGACCCGUCAGAGAUGGCGUGGCUAACCCGGGUGCAUUGGUUUUGUGCCUGAUCGUGGAAGACCCCUUCAAUGUGGAACGAUUCUUAGCUAUUGUCGAUAUUUUCACUGCGUGCCUAACACAGACGAUCGGGAGAGAUUCGGGUGAUUGUCAAUUGCUGCUAUGAUGGCUUUGGUUGGUUGUUCUUUUUCACUGUACGGCCGCAGACACAUUCUGACAGCACUUCAGACAGCAGCUUUGUGCCCCGCCAGCUGCUUGUUCCAUGCCUACCAUGGUGUUUUUGUACAGACAGCACUUCAGACAGCAUUAUGCUGUAGUCGGCAAUCUUCCGUUUUGGUAUAGAGUGGGACAGGGAGGGGGUGAUGCUACUGUAGUCGAACGGUGGGACGGACGUGCAGUUCAGUUUUUGGGCACGUAUACGGUGCUGCAGGGAUUUUUAGGUGUACCUCUUCGGGCUCUUGCAUACCUUUUUCUCGUCAGACGUGUGCGUGUUCUUUAGAUCCU